CGUUCACUCCAUGAUGCUUCCUCACACUCGACGCUUCUGCCCACUCCUUCUUCGCAACAUACUUCUCUAGACUUCUGCUAUCAUGUCCUUCAAUUACGACCACUACAAGCCUCAGAGCCUCUUCUCUCUCGAAGGAAGAACCGCCAUCGUCACCGGUGGCGGUACCGGCAUCGGACUUGCUCAGGCUCAAGGUCUGGCAGCAGCUGGUGCAAAGGUGUACCUCCUCUCACGCAGGGGAGAAUUGCUGGAAGAGGUGGUCAAAAAGUACAACUUUGCCGGUGUUCUCGAGGGAGAUGUGACUAGCAAGGACUCGAUCGAGGAUGCCGUGCGCCAGUACAGCGAGAAGGAGCAGUGGUUGGAUAUCCUCGUCUCCAAUGCAGGUGGCCCAGGGCCUACCCACUUUGGCGCAGACACCUCUUCACCCGACGGAGAGACAGAUCCAGCCAAGAAGCACGAGCCUGUGGAUGCACAGACAUACAAGGACCGCAUUUUGAAGGACAACUCCUUUGAGAAUUGGGACGACAUCUUCCGGCUCAACUCCCACUCGCUCCUCUUCCUCUCCGUGGCUUUCCUUCCCCUCCUCGCAAAGGGAAGCGAGAGGGGACAGCAGCAGCAGAGGAAGUACACGUCCACCAUCAUUGCCACUACCAGUAUCUCUGCAUUUGUCAAGCAGAGUCAGAUGCACUUUGCCUAUAAUGCGUCCAAGGCUAGCGCAGCUCAUCUGGUGGAGCUGAUUUCGUAUGAGCUGACCUACUCGACCAAGGCAAAGGUUAGGGUCAAUUCGGUCGCGCCUGGCGUGUUCCCAAGUCAAAUGACGACCGACUUCUCCCGCGACCCAAAAACAUCAAAGUCUCGCGAUGCUCUGGAGGAGAAGCUUCCCACGAUGGCAAUCCCUGCAGGCAGGCAUGGUGAAGACGAGGAGAUGGCAGGAGUACUCCAAUUCUUGGCGGCAAAUGAGUACAUGCAUGGCCAGAUCGUGGCACUAGAUGGUGGGUUUAUGAUGUCUGAACCCUGAGCUCGAUAGAGUGGCUGGAUAGAAAUAGAAUGUAAUCGAGAUAGAAAUAGAAUGUAUUCGAGAUUGCAAGUGUAUGUGCAUGGGAUGAAGGAAGCACGAAUACUGAUACAAAUCGAGAAAGUGGUAUCAUGGCUCCUCGCCAGCUCCCUGCCAUUGAAGUCUCUUCUGGCUGCCACCGCCACGUCUCAUAUCCUGCCACCAUUGA